AUGGUGUUCGCGGCGGAAGGCAUCGCGUCUCGGAUCAAGACCGUGGCGGGCCACAACCUGGACCCCACGCCAUGGCACCUCUUCCCCCGCGUCAAGCAGCAACUGCGCCCCCUCGCAGUCUUCCGCUGCCACUUCCUCUCCUGCCCUCGCAGGCGCAUUCCGCCCCCUACCAUGCCGAAGCCACGGCGGCCUUGCCCGUCCUUCUUCCGGUGGAUCCACCGCGACCUGCAGCCGUGGCGGCGGUCCCGCAUCUCGCCUGCGAUGGUGGCCGAGGCGGGCAGACACGCCGCGAUGCGCGUGGUGAUCUUGGAGGGGAAGCGCCUUUUCGUGGACCUUUACUACGCCUGCGUGCAGAGCAGGGCCAUGUUCACUAUCUGGGGCCUGCUGCAUCUCCUGCGGAGGUACCCCGGCAUGGUCCCCGACAACGGGUCCGAGUACUGCCCCGGCAACGGUGGCGCCGAUGGCAGUCAUUUGCCGCCACCGCCGCCGCUCUUCCGCUACUGCGCCACCAGAGAUCAUCUUGACAUCCCCUUCCCGGACUGGUCUUUCUGGGGCUGGCCUGAAUUAAACAUUAAACCCUGGGAUGAAGAGUUUCGAAACAUCAAGCUCGGUUCUCACUUGAAGUGGAGGAAAAGGGCAAGAACUGCAUACUGGAAAGGCAACCCUGAUGUUCAAUCACCCAUAAGAGAGGCAUUGUUCAGUAGCAAUGACUCUAAGACGUGGGGAGCACAAAUAAUAUGCCAAGACUGGGUAGAAGAAUCAAGAUCUGGUUUUCAAAAAUCUAGCCUCUCAAACCAUUGCAGACACCGCUAUAAGAUAUAUGCUGAGGGUUAUGCAUGGUCGGUGAGCUUGAAGUACAUCAUGGCAUGUGGAUCCCUGGCAUUGAUCAUCAAACCGCAGUACGAGGACUUCUUCAGUCGUGGUCUUGUUCCGAAAGAAAAUUACUGGCCCAUCAGUCCCACUGACUUGUGCCAAUCUAUAAAGUUUGCAGUUGAAUGGGGAAAUCAGAAUCCAUCUAAGGCAGAAGCCAUAGGGAAGAGGGGGCAGGCAUUUAUGCAGGAGCUGGACAUGGAUCACGUAUACGAUUACAUGUACCACCUCAUUGUGGAGUACUCUAAAUUGCAGGAUUUCAAGCCAGCUCCUCCGUCGUUGGCUCAAGAGGUCUGCGUGGAGUCCAUUCUUUGUCUUGCAGACAAGCAGCAAAGAGAGUUGCUUGAGAGAUCAUAUGCUUCGCCUUCUUCCUCUUUGCCAUGCACUCUUUUUCCACCCAGCUAGCAACUGGUGUGUUUGCGAGACUGUAAAAUUGUAAAUAGAACUUGUAAUUGUGUCUUUAUUUUUCAUCUCACUCUGUUUUGUAGCUUUUGAAUCCCUGUUACUCUUCUUUUAGAUAGAAACAGCAAUCAAUCUAUAGUCCAUU